AUGCUCAAUAGUAGUUGCAGUCGGACAAAAUAAAAUGACGCACCAUGGAGUCUAGUGAGAAAAACAACGUGAAGUGCAUCGGAAUGAGUAAAGAAGAUAAGAAAGUUCUUAGAAAACAAAUAAAAUCGAGUCACACGUUGCUGAAACAUGAAGGCAUUAUAACGGCUUCGCAGGCUACAAAGAGUUUGGUGGUGGCUAACGGCGGCCUGGGGAAUGGUGUUAGUCGAGAAGACCUUUCUGCUGCGCUGAAAGAGAUGGGAGAGGUGGAGACCUUGGUCAUGCCCCCUCACAAGCCCUAUGCUUUUGCCACAUACAGUCUAGAGGAGUGUGCUCAGAAAGCCCACAUCCACCUUAAUGGAAAAAAGCUGCAGUCCGGAGAGAACAGUGUCACGCUCUACCUCAGUUAUGUAAACUCAGUACCCUGUGAGGAGGAGGUGUCCCUUUCUUUACCAGAGGGGUUGGUUUUGUUGGAAGACUUUGUGUCUCCAGAGGAAGAGGCUCUGUUGCUCUCCGCUAUAGAAUGGUCAUCCACUAAUGAUGAAGUCACAGUUCAAAAAGCCAUGAAGCACAGAAGAGUCAAACAUUAUGGAUUUGAAUUUCGCUAUGACAACAACAAUGUGGACAAAGACAAACCGUUACCUGGAGGCCUUCCUGUGGAGUGUUUACCUGUUCUAGAGCGAUGUGUGAAGGAUGGGCACAUUGUUACAAUGCCAGACCAGUUGACUGUCAACCAGUAUGAGUCUGGACAGGGUAUUCCUCCCCAUGUGGACACUCACUCUGCCUUUGAGGACACCAUCCUCUCACUAAGCCUCGGUGCAAGGGCGGUGAUGGAGUUUCGUCACCCUGGUGGUCGUCUUGUGCCUGUGCUGUUGCCAGAACGCAGCCUCCUAGUGAUGAAGGGGGAAAGCAGAUACCUCUGGACCCAUGGGAUUACUCCUCGAAAGUUUGACAUGGUGCCGGCCAGCGCUCCUCAAUCCUGUGCUCAUAAGUCACCAGGCCUUGGAACCAACGGCAGUCUCACCUUAAGAAAGAGGGGAACCCGCACAUCUUUUACUUUUCGCAAGAUUAGACACGAACCCUGUGGCUGUGCCUUCCCCUCUGCCUGUGACAGUCAGGGAGCUCUCUCAGCACCGCUGCCCUCCCCACCAUCACCCCCUUCUCUACCUUGUUGCCAUGCCGACGCAGCCCGGCUGGAGGAGGAGUACGUGCACCAGGUGUACGACGCCAUCGCCUCCCACUUCAGCAGCACGCGCCACUCCCCCUGGCCUCGAGUUGGCCACUUCCUGUCCUCACUCCCGUGCGGCAGCGUUCUGGCUGAUGUUGGCUGUGGAAAUGGGAAAUAUCUGGGUGUCAACCCAGAUCUGAUUGCAGUGGGUUGUGACCGCAGCAGUGCUCUUGUCCAAAUAUGUGCAGAGAGAGGUUUUCAGGGGUUUGUAUCUGAUGCCCUGAGCGUCCCUCUGCGAACAGCCUCCUGUGAUGCCUGUAUCUCUAUCGCUGUCAUACACCAUUUUUCCACUCAGGAGCGUCGGCUGGCAGCAGUAAGGGAACUGGUGAGACUCCUGAAGCCUGGAGGCCGAGCACUCAUCUAUGUUUGGGCUUUCGAACAAGAGUACAACAAGAAGAAAUCCAAAUACCUCAAAGAUCAUUCUAAAAACCAUAGUCCCAUUUUAGGCACGCCAGAGGAUGACUAUAAGCCUGCGGACAAGGUGCAGGAUGUUGGCAAAGUGAGUGAUGGCAAACUUGGUAUGCACACCAACCGAACGACCUUCAACACUCAGGACCUUCUGGUUCCAUGGCAUCUCAAAGAGGCGAGAAGAAACAGGGAGAGGGAAAUGGAUGAGAGUAGAAAGAAGGACAAGAAAGAGAAGUUGAAAAAGACUUCUGGGAACUCUUGCUCGACCACUAGUGUGAGCGGCACAACCCCAUUAGACUGUAACGCUGAACCCUGUCUGGGCUGUGACUCCAACAUGUCUGAUCCUAGAGAUGCCACUCAAGGCACAGAUGACGUUACACAGAGAUCCAGCACCACUGGAACAUCAGAGUCUGAGAGCAGCCCGGCACCCAUAUUUCACCGCUAUUACCAUGUGUUCCAGCAUGGGGAGCUGGAGCAGCUGUGCACUCAGGUGGAAGGGGUCAAAGUGCAGAGCAGCUAUCACGACCAGGGAAACUGGUGUGUUAUAUUAGAGAAGGAAUAAGGGGGAUCGAUACAUACAAUUAUUUAUCAUUUAGGUGUUUUUAUCUGUCUAUAUAUGUAUAGACGUAAUUAACCGCGACUAUUGAUGCAAUGUGACUGAAAACUAAAUGACAUAUUUGCUGAGUAGAGUGAUUUCCAGUUAUGAUGAUCCUGAUGAGCCACUAAUGGGUGAUGCUCUAGACAGCAGAUGAUCAUUUCUGUAUUCAUUGGGUUGUGCCUAAGCUAAUCACUGUGUGCCCAAGAUAGUGUAAAGGCUCUGGGAGAUUGGUUGACAUUAAAGGGACUAAAAGGAAUUCUGCAAUCUACUGUCCUCCUGACUCCUACAGUUGAAUCAAUACAUUUACAUUUUUAUUUCAUCCUAUUUUUCCUAUUUUAAAAAUUGGCAUUCAUUCACACACAUUCAAGUUUUACUACAGGGUGAGAAGAUGAAAAGAAAAAUAAUUGUAUUAUUCUGGAAUAUUGAUGGUGAGGGAGUUGGAGUUGUUAUUUGUUGUGACUCCAGUGUGGCAAGAUUUUAAUUGGGUAGUGACUCCUGGGAAAUUAACCCUGUGGCUACUCAAUUAUUUGUGACCCACAUGCUUGUGCUGCAGCAAGAGAUGGUUUGGUGGUUUUUAAUAACACUUUAUUGAUUAAGGCUGAGCUGCCUACUUUUGUGUAUAUGUGUAUUUCAGAGAUUGUUUAAAUAAUAAGUUGAAUAAAGGUGUUAAAGAUG